AUGCGAGAAUUCGGUUUAUAUUCGUUUGUUCGACCUGGAUUAAUAUCACUUUCUCUCGUAUCAUUUAUCAUUGUUAUGCAUUAUGAACGCAAACGAAAUACACCAAACUCUGGUGUAAGCUUUUACUAUUUAUUGUUGUUAAAUUUUGUUUGGAUAUGCUGUUGCUGGAAUCACACUAUUCACUACAUAAAGCAUUUACAGAAUUCUACGAUGUUGUUCACAACAGUCAAUAAUACCUCUGUUAUCCCUAACAAUAAUAAUAAUACUACUACUACUACUACACUUCCUCUUCAUUCAACUAUACGAAACAAAGAGAAUUUUCUUAACAUUUUAGAUUAUAUCAAUUUACUUAUCUCUUUCAUUAUUUUCAUAUUGAACUAUCUUUCAGAGCAUUUAACUAAUCAUAUAGAAGUGAAUUACAGCGAUGAAAAUGUAGAAAUACAAAAUUUACAAGCAAAAUCUCCUGAGAAUGACUGUUCGUACUUGUCACGUAUAACCUACUCAUGGUUCACAAGUUUAAUAAUCAAAGGAUUUCGUAAACCUGUUGAAUUUAACGAUAUAUGGCGAUUAGAUUCACAGCAUUUAUCAGCCAAUGUAUCAAAGAUAUUCUUAACUAACUUGGACAAAUAUUUAAUACCAAAUAAAUCAACUAAUAAUUAUCUUGAAAAACGUCGUGCUUCUAUGGGAAAUAAUAUACAUCAUGGUACUAAUGAUUCAUCCGAUAGUGAAUUUCGACGUAGAUCAGCACAAAGUAUUCUUGGCUUUGGUAUUCCACAACAUAAUAAACAUUUAUAUAAAUCUGGAUUAACAAAUACCUAUUCAGAUGAGAUGAAUAUAAGAAGAGCUAGUGAAGGUAUUGCUUUAUUGAAUAAUAAUAAAACAUCACUUCAAAGUAACAAUAAUGAUAUUCAUCCUGAAACUGAUUUAAACCUUAAAACUCAUCAAAAUGAAUCAUUACAAUCAAUUGAUAAUCGAAUGGAUUCAACAAAUCAUGAUUUACCAUCCAGUACUAUUAUAGGUUUUUCCAAAGAUCAACCAACACGUCGAUCUGUACGUAUACAUGUUGGUACUAAACCAGAAUAUAUACCGGAAUUAUCAGAGAUAAAUACAGAUUCUGCAAGUUAUACACCGAUAAAUGAAAAUUCCGAAUUCUUUAUGAAAGAGAUCGAUCAUAAAUCACCUAUCGAUGAUCAAUCAAACAAUCAUCUAAUUAAAGGGAAAACUGUUACUACAAAUGAUGAAUUAAAUAAAUCGAUUGAAAUCAAUCAAAUUAAUCCAGUAAUGAUGAAAUCAUCAUCCUCAUCCUCAUCCUCAUCCUCAUCAUCUUCAUUGUCAUCAUCAUAUCUAUGUCAUUGUUUCUCUAUUAUUUGUAUUCAUAAAAUGAAAUUUAGUUUAUUAUAUGCAUUAUUGAAAACUUAUGGGAAAACAUUAUUAUGGUCAGCAUUUUUAAAAUUUUUAUAUGAUAUAUUAGUAUUUGUUAAUCCAUUAUUAUUAAAGUUAUUAUUGAAUUUUCUACAAAAUACUCAAUCAGAACCAAUAUGGCAUGGUUAUUUAUAUGCUAUAGCAAUAUUUAUUGAUACAUCUGUACAAUCAUUAAUAUUACAAAGUUACUUUCAUAUUGUAUUCAAACUUGGUAUGAAUAUUAAAACAGCAAUUACUGCAGCUGUAUACAGAAAAAGUCUACGAUUAAGUAAUAAAGCUCGAUAUCAAUCAACUACUGGACAGAUUAUGAAUUUAAUGUCAUCUGAUGCACAACAAUUUGUUCAAUUAAUGCCAUUUAUAAAUAUUCUAUGGUCAGGACCAUUUCAAAUAACAAUUGCUAUGGUAUUUCUAUGGAGAGAAUUAGGACCUUCUGUAUUGGCUGGUGUCGGUGUUCUAUUGUUACUUUUACCACUUAAUGUUUUGGUAGCACGUCGAUCAAAAAUUUUUCAAGAAAAGAAGUCUUCAUGUGCAGAUAGUCGAAUCAAGUUUAUUAACGAAUUAAUGAAUGGGAUACGAGUAUUAAAACUUUAUGCUUGGGAACCAUCAUUUAUGAGAGAAAUUGGUCGUAUUCGAGAUCAAGAAGUUAAAUAUUUACGAAAAUUCACAUAUCUUCAGUCUUUAUCAUUUUUAUGGCAUUGUACACCGUUUUUUGUUGCUAUUUCUAGUUUUGGUGUAUAUAUAUUAACAUCGGAUAAGAAUAUAUUAGAUGCCCAAAAAGCUUUUGUUUCAUUAUCUCUAUUCAAUAUACUUCGUUUUCCAUUAUUUAUGUUUCCAAUGAUUAUAAGUAAUUUAGCACAAUGUUAUGUUUCUAUUGGUCGUUUGACUAAAUUUUUGGCUCAUACAGAACUUGAUAUGGAAUCUUAUUCAAAAGAGGAUACACCUGGUAUAGCUGCAGUAGUUGAACGUGGAGUAUUUGGUUGGGAUCCAGAUGAGGAACCAACUUUAACAAACAUUUCUAUUCAAUUCCCUGAAGGUCAAUUGACAACAAUUAUGGGUAGUGUAGGUUCAGGUAAAUCAAGUUUAUUACAUGCAUUACUUGGUGAUAUGGAAAAUUUCAAUGGUCGAGUUAAUGUUAAAGGUACUGUAGCUUAUGUACCACAACAACCAUGGAUAUUUAAUGCAACAUUACGUGAUAAUAUAUUAUUUCAUCAUUCAUAUGAACCAAUUAAAUAUCAACAAGUAUUACAUGCAUGUAAUUUAAUCCCAGAUCUUGAUUUAUUACCUAAUGGUGAUAUGACUGAAAUUGGUGAUAAAGGUAUUAAUUUAUCAGGUGGACAAAAACAACGUGUCAGCCUAGCUAGAGCAUGCUAUGCUGAUGCUGAUGUUUAUUUGUUAGAUGAUCCAUUAUCAGCUGUUGAUGCACAUGUUGGUUUACAUUUACUGAAAUAUGUAUUAAGUCGUUCCAACGGUCUACUUGCUUCUAAAACAUGUAUUCUUACUACACAUAGUCCAAAAGCUUUACCAUUCUCUGAUCGUGUUGGUCUAAUGUCUGAUGGUCAAAUAAUUGAAUUGGGUAAUUAUCAACAAUUGAUACAUUCAAAUACUAGUCGUUUAUCUGCAUUUUUAAUAACAGCUAUACGAGCUGAGUCAGAAGUUCAAUCAAAUUCAUCGAAAGAAUUGGUAGAUUGUUCAACGGAAAAUUUAAAAAAAGAAUUCCUUGAACCAAGUUGUUUCCUACCUUUUGAAUCAUCUCCAGUAUCUGAACAUCAUCAUAAAAGUUCCACAGAAACAUUGAGUAUAGAUAAUCAUAAUGUUGUCGGACAAUCGAGUUUUACUUCAACAGCAUUAUCUCGAAGAUUAGACAAAUCAUCGAUAAUUGAGGUUAGUGACACUGAGGAUACCGUAAAAGAACAAGAGCAAAAAACUAUUCAACCAAUGAGUCAACCAGAAAAAGUUCUCACUGGUCGAAUUCAAUUUCAAGUCUUUUUAAUUUAUAUAAAAAAUAUUGGACUACUUUAUAGUUUAUUAGUAUUAUUAUUUUAUCCAUUAAAUCAUUUAUUAUCAUUGGGAACAAAUUUAUGGUUAGCUGAUUGGUCAAAUGAUGCAAAAAUAAAUCAAUAUAAUUUAUCUUUUAAUAAUAAUAAUACAUCUGAACAAUUUUAUUCCCAACGUAAUUAUAGAUUAUCAAUCUAUGGAUUAUUUGGUACAUUACAAGUUUUAUUCGCAAUGUUAUCUAUAUAUACAUUAUCGAUCGGUCAUUUAGGAUGUGUUAUACGAUUACAUAGUCGAUUAUUAAGCUAUGUAUUACAUGCUCCAGCUACAUUUUUCGAUUUAGUUCCUCAUGGUCGAAUUGUCAAUCGUUUUUCACAAGAUAUUGCAACAUUAGAUAAUCCAGUAUUGGUUUCAUUGAAUAGUACAUUAAAUUGUGUACUAACAUGUUUUUUAACAUUAUGCCUUGCUUGUACACUUAAUAUAUACAUGAUUAUUCCAAUUUGUUUAUUAACAAUUAUCUAUUUAUAUAUACAGAAUUUAUAUGUGACUACAUCUAGACAAUUGAAACGUUUAGAAUCAAUUAGUUUAUCACCGAUAUUUUCACAUUUCUCAGAAACUUUAUCUGGUGUUGAUAGUAUUCGAGCAUAUAAAUUAAUUGAAAUCUAUAAAACGAUUAGUUCAACUAGACAAGAUUUAAAUAAUUCCGCUGUUUAUGCUUCAAUUAUAUCACAAAGAUGGCUUGCAGUUUUAUUAGAACUUGUUGGUAAUUCAGUGAUAUUAGCUGUUGCUAUCCUAUCAGUUGUUGCUCAAGGUUAUUUAUCCGCUGGUUUCUCUGGUCUUGUUAUUACUUAUGCAUUAAAUUUAAAUCAAACAUUAAAUUGGCUUGUACGUAUGUUCUCAGAAUUAGAAACAAAUAUUGUAUGUAUAGAACGAAUACAUGAAUAUUCUUCCAUUGAACAAGAGGCACCAUGGGAAUUAGAUUGUAGUUAUUUACCAAGUAAUUGGCCUGAAGGUAUCAUUGAAUUUAUUAAUUAUGGUACAAAAUAUCGAUCUGAAUUAAAUUUAGCUUUAAAAUCAAUUAAUUUUAAAGUAGAUAAAGGGGAAAAAUUGGGUAUUGUUGGUCGAACUGGUUCGGGUAAAUCUUCUCUAGUACUUGGAUUAUUCCGUAUGCUUGAAGCAGCUGAAGGUCAAAUACUCAUUGAUGGUUAUGAUAUAUCAAAAAUUGGCUUACAUGAUUUGAGAAAUCGUUUAACAUUAAUACCUCAAUUAAUAGAGAGAGAGAGAACAACAAACAAACAAUUUGUUGUUGUUUAUUAAAUUGCAAGGACGAAAAGCGAAUGUCUGACGCUUUAAACGGGUUGUCGGAUACAGAGGGUCCACCUAGGGGAAUUGGAACACUGAUUUCAAACAAAUGGUGUACAUGAGUUACAGGAUCCUAAAGAAACAGAAGGCGUAUGAACCUAUGGUUGGUGACCGGCUACCAUUGGACUGCAUCUCCUUACGUUGCUUCACUGCCUUGUGGAUUAGACAUUUAGGUUGAAGUCUUCGGGUGUGACCCCCUAAAAAAUACAUGUGCUUCAGUUUGGGCACCCGAGCAGUAUAAUAGCCCACAUACUCAGAUUAAGUGACUUUUGUGGCGCAUAUGUAUUGGGUGCCUUCUUGUACCAAUAUUUAUAUGCUUAAAUAAAUACAAUUCACGAUAUUAAUUCAUCUUUUUAUGAUCAUUUAAAUUGUUUGGAUGUAAUGAUUGUAAGACUAUGAAAGAGAGAGUAUUUAUGUAACAGGUUAAAUGUACGCUUAUAGAUAGGGUAUAAAUCAUUGACUGAAGUUUUCUGGACAACAAUUGUAAAACAAAAAGCACUAAACACAUAUUUUGUCGUCGUUCUCGACUUA